CCUCAGCGUGCUAUUAGUGUCGCUCACAUCCAGCAAGCCAGCAAGCACCAAUGGCCUCAAGACCCACCGUCACCGUCCACGCCGUCUCAGGAGAGGCGUCCUCUUCCCUUCCUCUCCCCGCCGUCCUCACCGCACCCAUCAGACUCGACGUUGUCGCUCAGGUGCACAAGAGCUUGGCAAAGAACAAACGCCAGGCCUAUGCAGUCAGCGAAAAAGCCGGCCACCAAACCUCUGCAGAGUCAUGGGGCACAGGUCGUGCCGUCGCUCGUAUCCCUCGUGUCGGUGGUGGUGGCACCCACAGAUCCGGCCAGGCUGCCUUCGGUAACAUGUGUCGCGGUGGUCGUAUGUUUGCUCCCACCAAGACCUGGCGCAAGUGGCACGUCAAAGUCAACCAGAACCAGCGCCGCUUCGCUACCGUAUCUGCCCUCGCCGCUUCCGCUCUGCCCUCCCUCGUUCUCGCUCGCGGUCACCGCAUCGAGGAAAUUGGCGAAGUCCCUCUCGUCAUCUCCUCCGCCGUCGAAUCCUUCAAGAAAACAAAGGAAGCCGUAGCGUUGCUCAAGUCCAUCAACGCAUAUGCGGAUGUCGUCAAGGUCUCAAACUCCCGCAGGCUCCGCGCCGGUAAGGGUAAGAUGCGCAAUCGCCGUUACCGCCAACGCCGCGGCCCCCUCGUCGUGUACAACGAAGACAACGGCAUCGUAAUGGCCUUCCGCAACUUGCCGGGUGUCGAGCUCGUCAACGUCAGGAGACUCAACCUUCUUCAACUCGCUCCCGGUGGCCACAUUGGUCGUUUCGUCAUCUGGACCGAAGGUGCCUUUGGCGUUCUCGACGAGGUGUUUGGUACCUUUGACAAGGCCUCGCUACACAAGAAGGACUACCUCCUUCCCACUGCCAAGAUUUCGAACCCUGAUGUCACCGGCAUCAUUAACAGCUCCGAGAUCCAAUCCGUUGUUCGCCCCGCCGGUCCAAAGAUCCAGAAGCGUCCCUGGACACAAAAGAAGAACCCCUUGGUCAACAAGGCCAUCCUGUUCCGUCUGAACCCCUACGCGAAAACUCUGCGCCGACACGAACUGCUCAGACAAGAACGUCUCCAGGCUCAAAAAGAAAAGAAGAAGGCCAAGACCGCCAAACCCCGUGCCGCCGGCGAGACUUUCCUCAACACACUCUUCGCUCCCUAAAUUUUCGCACUAUGUGGUCGAUGGAGUCGUUUCUUUUGUUUUACCAAUCUGCAUGCCCACUAUGUUCUCGUUAUGUGCCAUGCUCUACCAAAUGAUCAUGAGGAAUGCAGUUUAUGUCGAAACGGU